GCAUUACGCAUGCGCAUUUGCUGUUCUUGUGUGGUUUUCAACGAAAAGUUGCGUUGGUGUGCGUUCGUCGGUUUUGUUCAACGCGUUCAUCAUAUUUUGGCGUAGAUUUGUUCUAAUAACUCGCACAAGAUGAGCAAGGCACAUCCGCCGGAGCUGAAGAAGUACAUGGACAAGAAAUUGUCCCUGCGCCUGAAUGGAAGCCGAGUGAUUACCGGCAUCUUGCGGGGCUUCGAUCCCUUCAUGAACCUUGUCCUCGACGAAACUGUGGAGGAAACAAAGGGUGGGGAGAAGCACGACAUCGGAAUGGUGGUUGUCAGGGGCAACAGCAUUGUUCUUCUGGAGAGUCAAGACAGAAUACUAUGAGCAAAAGACGAAGCCUCGCCAGUCAUGAUUUCCACCAUUGCCAUUCCCUCACUUGCUUUUCGUUCUGGGCUCAUGCUGAAAUAAAACAUCAACAUUGAA